AUGUCUUCCGAUUCCUCAGUUGUCUACCACUAUCUUGCCAUUGGCAAGCUCGGUCGUGGUGAGGUCGUCAAGCUGUUUUUGAAGGAUGCUGGCAUCCCUUUCGAGGAGAAGAGGUAUCCCUAUGACGAUACUUGGAAGGAGACCAGUGAGAAGCUCAAGAGUCAGGGUAUCACACGAACUGGCCAACUUCCAGCCGUAGAGUACAAAGGUCUUGUUCUGAACCAGCACAUUCCAAUUCUUAGGUUCUUGGCUCGUGAGCUCGGCAAAUACGACGGCCAGACGAGCCAAGAUAAGUAUCUGGUAGAUGCCAUAACAGAUAUCUACAUCGAGUGGAGAGCUGGUUGGGCGUCCAAUGCGAGCAAUGCGUCGGAGGACUACAAGAACAAAACUGUUCCCAAAUACUACGAUCUUCUCGACAAGUACUAUUCUGAACGUGAGGGUCCUUAUCUCCUUGGAGAUGAAGUCAGCUAUGCAGACUUCGCCGUCUAUAUGUCGAUAGAUAACGACACCAGGACCAAGACUAUUCCAUCCAAGAUUCCAGAUGUGCUUCUCAAGUUGAAAAAAGCAUUUGAGAACCGGCCCAACAUUGCCGAAUACAUCAAGCAAGAAUGA